CCCAGCAGUGGACUGAGCACCACCCGGGUCUUUGAUGCUCCAUUCAUGCCACCUUCAAGCUUUUCUGCGUGACUGCUUGAGCCACUUGUGGGAUGCUGUGAGCUCUGCUUCUGCAAGAGCCACUUUGUCUCCCUCCACUGCCCUCGCUCGGUCUGUAUCCAACAGGAGGCACCCCAGCCACUUGGAUGCUCUGAUUCUUUUCCUGCCCUAAUUUACUACUGCCCAGAUGCAGUGGAUACUUUUCAUGUUGCUGUUAUUCAUCAACUCCAUGGAAAUGCUCAUGCAGAACAGAAGGAAGAAACAAGCGAGCGCUGGCUUGUUUGAGAACUGCACGGGCUGUGUCAUGUGCUCAGAGGAUAACGGGUGCAUUGCCUGCCAGCAGCGUCUCUUCCUGCUGAUCUGGAGGGAUGGAAUCCGCCAGUACGGGGCGUGCGUCCACGCCUGCCCACCUGGCUACUUCGGGGUGCGAGGCCAAGAGGUCAACAGAUGCACAAAGUGCAGGUCACCGAGCUGUGAGAGCUGCUUCAGCAAAGAUUUCUGCAUGAAAUGCAAAGAGAAGUUUUAUUUGCACAAAGGGAAGUGUUUCAGCGUGUGCCCAUCGAACACCACAGCCCAGCAUAGCACCAGGGAGUGCCAGGAGAUGUGUGAGAUGGGACCCUGGAGCAAAUGGAGCCCCUGCAGCAAUGAGGGGAGAACAUGCGGCUACAAGUGGGGAUCGAAGACCAGGACACGUGAAGUCAUCAGGAGUGCCAAAGAGGAGGCGGUGACCUGCCUGGACCGGCUGGAAUCCAGGAAAUGUAGAAUGAGGAAGCAUUGCCCUGGAGAGAAGCCCGAGACCACAAAGAAAACAAAAAUGGAAAAGAAACAAAAGAAACAGAAGGCAGAUUCGCUGGCGUGCACCUAACCUGCAUCCUCACAGGUGGGACUCCGGGAGGCAGCCCUGGGGGUAGCCCCAUGGGAGUGCUGUGGGGCACAAAGGAAGUCUUCAUCCUGAGGUCUCAGCAACAUUUCCUUCUCGGCUUUCGUUUUUCCACCUUUUCCAGCCAGAGAAUAUUGCACAAUUCCCCCCCCCCACACACACACACACAUUCCUAGGUGCUUCUUCUGAGGCCGUUUCCGGCCUGUGAAACAUUUCCUCUUCAGAAAAUCUAAUUUGCAGUCCGACAGCGAGAGCAAAGCUCUGUUUUCUCCCCUGUCCCUGAUGCACCCUCACAGUCCAGCUCCUUCUCUGGUGCAACCAGAGCCAGCUGCCUUCGGGAGCCAUGUGACAGUGAACGAGAAAACACCGCUGGCUGGGCCAGAAUGGUGGGUUUGCACCCCCAGCUCAGCUACCUGCCCAGCGAGAAGAGUUACAGAACAGCACCGAGCCGGGCCCGCACUACCAGGGGGAAGAGGAGCUUUGAGUCCAGCACUGAACGGCCUCCUCCCCCUUUUCAGAUGGGGAAUAUCUUGAGAGCAAAGGGGCAAGUUAUCACUGUGCGGCACCAUCACGCAGUGCAGCUACAUAGCAAAAAUGGCCAGCAGGACAUUCGACGGACAUGGGGCUUCACCAGCUCUUCUGGAACUGACUGGUGGGAGGUGCCCCUUUCCCUGGCAGGCUCGUUCCCUGCCUCCAGACUGGAUUGAUGCGGCAGGUUCCCUCACCCACGCAAUGGAACUGAAGCAGAAUGCCAGCAAUGGACCAUAACCAGGAGGUAGGGAGCAGCAUCUCUUGGAAAGCCCCAUCACUGCUACGUUACAGCGAGGCUGGCCAUGCUUCCAACUCCCACCUAGCACCUUCAGCCCAAUUACGUGGCCGUGCAGAAGUCUGAACUGCCCCCAUGCCAAGCCUCCCAGCCUUCUCCCUCCAACAAUUUCCCCGCCUGCUGCUCCCGCAGACCCCUGCUCAGGGGUAAGUGAGGGGAGGAGGCUUACACAUAGCGCUGGCUCUUUCCUGGGUGCCAGCUGUCUGUGUGAGAAAUGAAAGCAUCUGUGAACAUAAAAGCAGGGAGAGCCGAGUGACUGAAACAGGGGAACAUUCCCCAGGCUGGAAAUCUAAGCCUAGAGGAAUGAGAAUUGCACCAGACCCUGGCUCCAUCUUCCUCCCCAGAGCUGUGAUCCUGACAGGUGGCGAGUGCCCUCAGCUGCCCUGGCACUGCAAACCUGGCACUCGGCACAGGAUAGAACCAGACUCUAAAUACGGAGCCCCAGCAUCCAAUCCCGCAGACCUUACUCGGGUAUCACUCCCAUUGCUUGCGUAAGGGCUGGGGGAUUUCCUCUCCUGGACAAACCGGGGCAAUAGAAGAAUCUGGCUCCCCUGCAACACCCCAAACUGUCCCUCAGUUUUAGAGUGGGAUUCAAACUUGGUUGAAAUACUGGACUGAAAGUCUGAAGAAUUGAAAUUCUGUACAUAAAUCUCUUGUCUAUUGCCAUGCGGGAGUAGGAGGCAAGCAUGAGUGACCACCAGAGAUAAAAAGAACAGAGAUAGAAAGAACUUCUUCAUGAGCUACCCAGCCCACCCACUCUGGAGAGUUUAUCCAAGUGCCAGAGAAGGAUCUGAGCUUUUGGAUUCUUCACUGCACCAAAGACAAACUCUGCCCCUUUAGGGGCCAGUCCAGCCUUUGCCCAGGACAUGCCCUGUGGGGAUCUGGGACCCUGCCAUGUUGGUGUGCAGAAAGGGUUAGACAGUAUCUACAAAUUCCUCAAAUAUGUGUAUCACUCUCACAGAGAUGUGUGGCGUUACAAAACCCAAUCAAGAAGACAGGCAGCUCGGCAGCACUCGCUUUCCAGUUCCAGGCCUCCUUGCACCCUUCGCCAGUGGGAGGGUGAGAACUCAGGAUGUUUCAAAGCAGACUUUCCUGAGAGUCUCGCCCAUCAGAGUGGUGUAGGUACCAGAUUAAGAUCUGUUAGGGCAGAGUUCCAGACUCCCUAGGAUGGAAAGGGGACAUUACAUGGGGGACAUUAUAGCAUUUCAGCUAAGAAAGAAUUGUUCUAUAGAAUUACAAUGCCGCCCUAUCAACAAGCUAGAGCUGGGACUGAACCAAAACUAGAUCUAAGCCCCCACCCAAAAAAAACAACCCUGGAAAUGGUCAGCCCUGGCUCCAGAUGGAGGCUUUGUACCUUAGGUCCUUCUCUAUCCCACGCAGGGUGACCAGAAGGCAAGUCUGAAAAAUCGGGAUGGGGAUGGAGGGUAAUUGGCUCAUAUAUAAGACAUAGCCCCGAAUAUCAAGACUGUCCCUAUAAAACUUGGACAUCUGGUCACCCUAAGUCCUAAGUCCUCACACCGUAAACUUCUCCUAGCAGCAUCAGAUGCCUUCUAGCAGCCUAACUCAUUUC